AGGAGAAGGAGGCAAAUAUGUAUUGAACACGAAAAUGGAAGAGAGUCAAAGACUGAAAUGGAGAGGAAGUGCCCAAGAAGUAGAGGAAUAGAUUUUAGUCAUCUGGAUUUAAGAAGAACAAUGUCUCUUCCCCGACAGCUGCGAGAAAAGAGUGAUUUUGAUCAGCUUCCAGAUGAUGUACCUGUUUCAGCUAAUAUUGCAGAUAUUGAAGAGAAGAAAGGCUUUACUAACUACUAUAUGUUUGUCAUUGAAGUAAAGCUUAAAGGUGGUGGCAGAUACCUGAUUUUCCGGCGCUAUCGUGAGUUCUAUGCCCUGCACACCAAACUAGAGGAGCGAUAUGGGCCAGAGAGCAAUAACAGCCCAUUUACCUGCACACUCCCUGUACUGCCAGGAAAAGUUUUUGUUGGUGCUAAAAAGGAAAUUGCUGAGAACAGGAUUCCUAUCCUAAAUGUCUACAUGAAGAACCUGCUCUGCCUCCCUGCUUGGGUGUUGAUGGAUGAGGAUGUUCGGCUGUUCUUCUACCACUCAACCUUUGAUGGCGAGCAGGUGCCUCACAGACUGAGGCGGCUUCGCCCACGGACACGCCGAGUUAAGAGCGUUUCAGAUCAAGUGCCUGUUUUUGACCGCACCGCAGCUCCACGGGCUGAGGCACUGUUUGAUUUUCCUGGAACCAAUAAACUGGAACUCAGAUUCAAGAAGGGAGAUUUGAUCUAUCUACUCAGCAAAGUAAACAAAGACUGGUUGGAGGGAACUGCUGAUGGUGCCACUGGGAUUUUCCCAUGUGCUUUUGUGAAGAUAAUAAAAGAUUUACCACAGCAGGAAGACACAGUUAAUAAAGUUCGCUGUUAUUACUAUGAUGAGACUGUGAGCACCAUCAGGGAUAUAUCAGUGGAAGAGGAUCUGAGCAGCAUUCCAUCAUUCAAAGAUCUAAUGGAAUUGAUGAGGCAGGAGUUUAACCAAGACAUUGUUUUGAAUUACCGGGACCCUGAAGGUGACCUGAUCCGCUUGCUCUCUGACCAGGAUGUUGAACUCAUGGUGUCUCAGAGCAGAAGAAGUCCCUCUGAGCAGCACUUCUUCCCUUGGAAGUUGCACAUCACUCACAAAGAUGACUUGGGUGUCUACAACACUAGUCCAGGAACAGGUGCUACUCAAACAGUAGGAGCAAUGUAAAUGCUAUACAGAUAUCCCUCUCUGCAAGUGGUUUCCUUCAAAAUGUCUUUGAAGUGUCCUUGAAAUGAGAAAUUCUUAGUGAUAUAUUACCUUUCAGUGUAAAAUCUGUACUUAGUUAACUUCUUCAGCUUUUUAACACACAUCAGCAAUACCGACAUCUACAUAGUGACCAGAGAAAGUGAGGAAUAGAGAAAUAAAAUCAUGGACCAUGUUUACAAAGCAAGUCAGUGUCAGCCUGCAAUAGAGGUCUCCUGAGCCCUUAGACCUGCUCUGGUUUCUGUUCUCACUCCCAAGACUAGUUAUUUGUCCAGAAUGUCUUCAUAAGCUUUUGUUUUUUCUCUAGACUCCCAUAAAUUUCUCUUCAUUUGCUGAUCUGAAGGUUUGUGGGCCAUUGUGUAAUUAUAUCUCUCAUGUUGGAGUCUGACUGGGUGUUCAGAGUUUGUCCUAGGAGGAUCAAUAAAACUUUUUUGGAUUUCAGUGAAGAAAUUGCAGCCCAUCUUAGCUUUCUUCUUUUCCACUGACCAGUAUAUUGAAUUCCGUGAAUCAAACCUAGUACACCUGUGGUGUUCCUUUUAGACCUUUAUAUAACUGUACAAUCUACUUAUUUUCAUGUUCUAGGAAAAUGUGUGGUAUAUCCUACUCAAACAGCAGUUUCUUCUCUAUCU